CAUGCCUCGGUGGGGAGUGGAAAAGAGCGGGCACGGCACGAUCACGCGCAGGCCGUAGGACGGGAGAAAUUCCACCGCAUGAUGGGUGGAAGGAAUCGGGCGCGCGCCCAACUAGUCCGCCUGACUUUUAGGCGCCGCGUUUUGUCCCCGUCGUCCGGCCCCAGCCGAGCCGACGCGAGCGCCAUGGCCUCGUCCUCCCUCUUCGCCUCCCCGGCCCGCCGCGCCCUCCUCUUGUCGUCGUUUCUCCUCUGUUUCCUGCCGCGCCAUGUUGCUGCCGGCGCCGCGGGGGCCGGGGGCUACGUCACCGUCUCCACCGCCAGCUUCGCCGCCGCGUCGAGCGCGACCUGCGACGAACCCGGCCCAGUGAUCGCGCCGCGGCAGAGGAACGGCACGCUGGCGGUGCUGCGGCUGGCGCACCGGCACGGGCCGUGCGGCCCGUCGACGGCGUCGGCCGUGGUGGAACCGUCGUUCGCCGAGGUGCAACGCGCGGACCAGCGGCGGGUGGAGUACAUACAGGGGCGGGUGUCGGGGGGCGGCGGCGCGCGGGGGGCGAGUAAGGGGGGCCUGCAGCAGCGGCAGCAGCAGCUCGCGGCCGGCUCCAGGUCGGCGACGUUGCCGACCACCAUGGGCGUCGGCACGUUCCAGUACGUGGUGACGGUGAGCCUGGGCACGCCGGGCGUGUCGCAGACGAUGGAGGUGGACACGGGCAGCGACGUGUCGUGGGUGCAGUGCAAGCCCUGCGCCGCGCCGGCGUGCUACAGCCAGAGGGACCAGCUCUUCGACCCGGCCAAGUCGUCCACCUACUCCGCCGUGCCGUGCGGCGCGGACGCGUGCUCGGACCUCGGGAUCUACAUGGCCGGUUGCUCCGGGUCGCAGUGCGGGUACGUGGUCAGCUACGGCGACGGGUCCAACACCACCGGCGUGUACGGCUCCGACACGCUGGCGCUGGCGCCGGGCAACACGGUGGGCACGUUCCUCUUCGGCUGCGGCCACGCGCAGGCGGGGCUCUUCGCCGGCAUCGACGGGCUCCUCGCGCUCGGCCGGCAGGCCAUGUCGCUCAAGUCGCAGGCCGCGGGCGCGUACGGCGGGGUCUUCUCCUACUGCCUCCCUUCGAAGCCGAGCUCCGCGGGGUACCUGACGCUGGGCGGGCCGAGCAGCGCGUCGGGGUUCGCGACGACGGGGCUGCUGACGGCGUGGUCCGCGCCGACGUUCUACAUGGUGAUGCUCACGGGCAUCAGCGUGGGCGGGCAGCCGGUGGCCGUCCCGGCGUCGGCGUUCGCGGGGGGCAUGGUGGUGGACACGGGCACGGUGAUCACGCGGCUGCCGCCCGCGGCGUACGCGGCGCUGCGGUCGGCGUUCCGCGGCGCCAUCGCGCCCUACGGGUACCCGUCGGCGCCGGCCAACGGGAUCCUGGACACGUGCUACGACUUCAGCCGGUACGGCGUGGUGACGCUGCCGACGGUGGCGCUGACCUUCAGCGGCGGCGCGACGCUGGCCCUGGAGGCCCCCGGGAUCCUGUCGAGCGGGUGCCUCGCGUUCGCGCCCAACGGCGGCGACGGCGACGCCGCCAUCCUCGGCAACGUGCAGCAGCGGUCCUUCGCGGUGCGCUUCGACGGCGGCACCGUCGGGUUCAUGCCCGGCGCGUGCUGAUCCACUGAUCCAUUCUUUGACUUACUCUGUGACCACUUCUUACAAAAUCUAUCACUAGCAGGGGUAUAAACAUACGUACUUGGUAAGUAUACCACAUGUACAUGUACAUGUACGUACACGAAAAGGAAAAGGUAGAGGAAUACAUGGCAGGAUGACGUAGGUUCUUUC